AUUACUCACAAUCGAACGAUUCUGGAUACAAUUGUGUCGCACACGUUGUGUUGUAAACUUGGGUCGCUUUGCUCAGACUCCAAAUUUGUCGUUCCGACAAAAUUCCCUCCAAUAUUUGCGGAGAUCGACGGACGUGUAAAAACGACGUGCGAUCCUCCACCGGAGGCCCCGCUCAAAAUUCGUUCGCUUCUCCCGCGGGUUUCCGCUGGCCCAAGUCUGGCAUCGUGAACGACACAACAGAAGAGAGAGAAAAAAACACACGCACAAACCCCACCCCCCUUCUCUCUCUCUCUCUACCUUUUCCUUUCUUCUUCUCCAAUCCGGCAUUCCUAUCGGUUGUUUUUGUACAAUUUCUAUACCGAGGUUAAUGGCGGAAGGUUAAUUUGUGGUCUCGAUUGAUAAUAAUACUAUUAUUAUUCAGGGAAUGCCAUUUUGAAUCGGACGAUGACCAAUCGGAACAUCACAGACUCUUCUCAGGGAGAGGGCGGUAAUCACCAUCCUCCGUCUGGGCCACCAGAUCACCUACUUUCUCGUGGUGGCAAUAAGGGAGAGGGCGGAAAUCACCAUCCUCCUUCUGGGCCACCAGAUCACCUACUUUCUCGUAGUAACAAUAAGGUUUUCAAGAGUGGACCACUGUUUCUAUCAUCCAAAGGAAUCGGAUGGACAUCCUGGAAGAAAAGGUGGUUUAUCUUGACUCGCACCUCAUUGGUCUUCUUUAGAAGUGACCCGAAUGCUGUUACUCAAAAGGGGAAUGAGGUGAAUUUGACGCUUGGUGGUAUUGACCUAAACAAUUCAGGCAGAGUAGAUGUAAAAGCAGAUAAGAAGCUCCUGACUGUGCUCUUUCCUGAUGGUCGCGAUGGGCGAGCUUUCACUCUCAAGGCUGAAACUUCAGAGGAUUUACAUGAGUGGAAGGUCGCACUUGAAGAAGCUUUGGCGCAAGCACCAAGUGCUACUCUUAUAAUGGGGCAAAAUGGCUUAUUCAGGAAUGAUCAGUCUGAUGCAUUUGAUGGUUCUGUAGAUCAGUUAAAGGAGAAGCAGCCAGUUAAAUCCUUGGUCAUCGGUCGACCAGUUUUACUUGCCCUAGAAGAUAUAGAUGGAAACCCAUCUUUCUUGGAGAAAGCCCUUAGGUUUGUAGAAGAGCAUGGAGUCAAAGUAGAAGGGAUAUUGCGGCAAGCUGCAGAUGUUGAUGACGUUGAACAUCGAAUUCGAGAAUAUGAGCAGGGAAAAACGGACUUUUCUCCAGAAGAGGAUGCACACGUAAUUGCUGAUUGCGUCAAGUAUGUUCUUCGGGAGUUACCAUCAUCUCCAGUACCUGCAUCUUGCUGCAAAGCACUACUAGAAGCAUGUCGAACUGAGCAUGGCAGGAGACUUGCAGCUAUGCGUGAGGCUAUAUGCGAAACAUUCCCAGAGCCUAAUCGCCGAUUAUUACAGAGAAUUCUUAUGAUGAUGCAAACUAUUGCUUCUCACAAGGCGGAGAAUCGAAUGAGCUGUUCAGCUGUAGCAGCUUGCAUGGCACCCUUGCUUCUUCGUCCCCUUCUGGCUGGUGACUGCGAUCUCGAACAUGACUUCGAUGUGGGCGGUGAUGGUUCUAUUCAACUUCUGCAAGCUGCUGCUGCAGCUAACCAUGCUCAAGCCAUUGUAGUAACUUUACUGGAAGAGUACGAGAACAUAUUUGGGGAAGGUUCCAUGUCAACUGAACUGUACUCCGAUUCAGAAGAGAGUGGAAGUGAGAGUGAGGAGUUGAGUGAUUAUGAUGAUGAGACCUCUGAAGAUGGAACUGAUGGUUCUCAUGCAGAUAUAGAUGAAGAACUUGAAGAUGCAUCAAAUGAAACUCACAGUGAGGCAGGCAAUAUUGGAGACGAUGAUAAGGCUAGUUCUUGCACUAUUUUGAUUGCAUCAUUUUCUGGCAUUGUCAUGGAAUUCAGCUUGCUUCUAUUUUCUGAAUUUUGCAGUCUUUCUUGGUUUCUAUUCCCACUUCAUUCCUUCUUCCAAAAAUUACUUACACUAAAGUUCUUGAAGAUGCAGGGUUCUGACAGUCGUAGCUUUGGUUCCGAUUCCAAUGAGUCAGGUUAUGAUGAUAAAGCCAAAUCACGCCAACAUGACAAUUUACAAAGUAGUGGGAACAUUCCCAAUCAAAAUAACUAUGGUUCACCAAUGAAGUCUGAUGAGUCUGCUGAAGUAUUAGGAGAUGAUCCUGCAGAGACAGGUUUGGGACCAAAGUUAACUGAUAAGAAUUCCACUAUAUCGAAUGGACCAGUGCAUGGUGCAAGGCGAGCUGCUGUUUGGGGCCGUACCCCUGCAAAGAAGAAACUUUCCAUGGAAUCCAUUGAUUUUCCCUUUGAAGACGAGGCCGAGAUUGAAAGGCUUGAGGCCACCAAAAUUGACCUCCAAAACAGAAUUGCUGAAGAGGCUAAAGAGAAUGCAGUUCUUCAAGAAAGUCUGGAGAGACGAAAGAAUGCUGUGCAUGAGCAACGUCUGGCUCUUGAGCAAGAGGUGGCAAGACUACAUGGACAGUUGAACAAAGAGAGAGAGUUGAGAGAAGUAUUGGAAGCCGGACUUGAAAUGCCUCAAGGCUCCAUACUUCUCUCUGCAUAUAUUGAUGAAAAGACAAAGGCAGAGCUUGAGGAAAUUGUUCGAGUGGAGGCAGAUGUCACUAAUUUGAAGCAGACAGCUGAUGACCUUGGAAUGCAGCUCAAUCAACAACGUGAACUGAACAGUGGUUUCGCACAUGGUUCAUGCAGUCAAGCAAGACUGAGGGAAAGGGGGAAGGAAAUUGAAACUACUGAUACCUUUCAUACUACCGAGAAAUCAACAAGAAGUAAGGACAAUCAAUUGGAUAAGGUAGACGGCGACAAAGAUAUGAAACAAGAUCUUCCAUUCUAUUCAAAUAAACAGUUGCCUCAGAAACAGAUGAUGGAUCCAGCACGCAACUCCAAAUCUGUUGGGGUUACAGCCACUUCAUCUUCUGCCAGUUUGAAGAAGUUUGGUGCAAGGGAUGAGGGAGCUAAUAACUCCACAUCUUCAGCAUUGUCAAAGCUAACAAACAGACUCAACUUCUUGAAAGAACGACGCGGCCAAAUUGCCAAUGAGCUCCAUAAUAUGGACAAAGGGAGGAGUUCAGGUACUUCUGUGAAGAGCUUUGAAAGAGGUAGUGGAUUAGAAUGGCGCCAUUCUGUUCAAAACCCAGACAAAUUUCAUGGGACAAUAGAUAACCAGUCAGUCUAUAAUUCACAAAAGGGCUUAGAAAUCAGAAGUAACCGUUCUCCCCAGAUUUUCGAAAAUACAGAAAGAGUUAGGAUGACGGAUGGUGGAUCACUCCAACACCUCGAUAAAGGAAUAAUGGAAGUGCAAUUCGCUCCGAACUUGGAGAGAGGAAAAUCAGAAAGCUUUCCUAAUGUGGACAAAGGGAGAAGGUCAGAGGGCCAUCCUCAUGUUCCCCCAAGGACGUAUUCCAGAUGAUCCUGCUCUUUUUUGCUCUUUCGUGAUAGUGUUCUUACAUAAUCGACUCAGCUUAUCUCACCAACACUUUUCACUAUCAAGACGACCCACAAGAUUUUCGAAUGAGGUAUUCUAGGAAAAUGUCAACAUUGAGAUUGAUACCCACGUCUACGGUUGCUGAAGUUGAGAUUCUCCCAGAGCCCACGAUUGUACAGAUUAUUCAUCUCCUCGAUGGAAGCUGCAUAUUUUGAAGUCCUGGCUUUUGGUUUCACUUGUUCAGAAGAGACAUAGUAGGGCAAUUUUUUUCUUGUAAUUAUUGUUGUUGUAUGUUCAAGGCUGCAAUAUAGUUGCUAGUAGGGAACUGAAUGGAGUCCUGUGUUUCAGGAACUUAAAAUGUCAGAAGGAAAUAUUUUGUCAGAUUGAAAAGUAUAUAUAUGAAUUUUGGGAUGUUUUCAACA